AGGGAUUCGGGAUCGGUGGCACCGGGAGAUUUGGGCUCGGUGGCACCGGGACCCUUGGGCACCCCCAAAACUCCUCCCCGCCCCUCCCGCGGGUCCCACCGAGCCCCGGUACCACCGGCACGGGCUCCCGGUUUGGGUUUCCCGCAGGAAUUCCCGUUUCCCGCAGCGAUCGUGGGGAUUUUUUUGGGGUUUUUUUUGGGGUCUCUGCCUGGCCCAGGCGGGGUCCCCACAUUUAAGCCCCCCGCCCCAAUUUUCCAGCCGCUCUGCCCCACGUGACCUCAGUAAUUAGAAUUAUUGUUAAUUAUUUUGAUGAUUUGGAUUUUUUAAUCCGGCCGGAUCAGCUCAGGCCCCGCUUCCCACAGGGAAUUCCAACAAUCCCAAUUAAUUCCCUGCCGGCUCCGGAGCUGUUGGGGACAGGGAGGUGACACCGAGAGCCCGGCGUGCCUGGGGUGGCACCGGCUGGUGACUCACCGUGCCUCAGUUUCCCCACGUCAACGCCGUGCCUCAGUUUCCCCAUAAAACUUCUGUAGCGUCUCCGAGGAUUUUGUGGGAUCUCCAAAGUUUUUUUUGGGGUUCUCCAAGGAUUUUUGGUAGGAUCUCCAAGGAUUUUUUGGGGGUUCUCCAAGGUUUUUUUGGUGGGGUCUCCAAGGUUUUUUUGGUGGGGUCUCCAAGGUUUUUUUGUGGGUUUUCCAAGGGGUUUUGUGGGAUCUCUAAGGGGUUUUUUAGGGAAGGUCUCCAAGGUUUUUCUGGGGGUCUCCAAGACAUUUUUUGUGGGGUGUCCAAGGACUUUUUUGGGGGUUCUCCAAGAAUUUUUUGGUGUGGUCUCCAAAAUUUUUUGUGGGUCUCUCCAGGUUCUUUUUGGUGGGUUCUCCAAGGUUUUUUUGGUGGGUUCUCCAAGGAUUUUUUUGGUGGGGUCUCCAAGAUUUUUUGUAGAUCUCUUCAGGUUCUUUUUGGGGAGGUUUCCCAGCUCUUUUUAGUGGGUUCUCCAAGGUUUUUUUUGUGGGAUCCCCAAGGUUUUUUUGGUGGGCUCUCCAAGGUUUUUUUGGUGGGUUCUCCAAGGUUUUUUUAGUGUGUUCUCCAAGGUUUUUUUGGUGGGUUCUCCAAGGUUUUUUUAGUGUGUUCUCCAAGGUUUUUUUGGUGGGCUCUCCAAGGAUUUUUUGGUGGUCUCUCCAGGUAUUUUUUGGGGGUGUCUCCAAAUUUGUUUGUGGAGUCUCCAAGGCUUUUUUUUUGUAGGAUCUCCAAAGUUUUUUUGGGGGGUUCUCCGGGCUUUUUUUGGUGCGAUCUCCAAGGAUUUUUUGGGAGCUCUCCAAACUUUUUCGCGGGGUCUCCAAGAUUUUUCUUGGCAGACCAACAAAAAUCUUGGAUCUCCAAGUUGUUAUUUUUUUUGAUGACAUCUCCAAAGCUUUUUGGACGUGCCUCAGUUUCCCCACACAAACCUCCGUGCCUCCCACUCCCUCCUCCCCAGCUGGGUGGCGACGGUGACAAAGGGACCAAAGUCCUUCCCGCCGGCGGCGACAGAACCACCCCGGAGAUCUUUCCGUCUGUCCCCGCAGGGAUGUUCACCAAGAAACCCUACGACAGCGCCUACGGGCCACCUCCCACCUCCUACGGGCCACCGACGGGCGACUAUGGCUACGAUUUCACCGCCCGCUCGCCUCCACCGGGCUCCUACUACGUGGAGGACGUGCCUCAGCUUUUCUACAAGUGGUCGUCGCCGCCGGGGCUGGUGCGGCUGCUGGAGGGCGCGGUGAUGCUGCUGUGCGUGGCCGUGUUCGCCUGCGUGGCCUCCACGCUGGCCUGGGAUUACGGCUACGGUUACGGCUACGGCGGCGUGCUGGGCACCGGCCUCGGUGGCUACUACGGCUCCGGUUACUACGGCAGCGGGGUGAACUACGGCUACGGUUACGGUGGAUACUACGGAGGCGUCACCAACCCGCGGGCGGCCAACGGCUUCAUGAUCGCCAUGGCCGUGCUCUGCUUCCUAGCCCAGCUGGGCUUGUUGGUGGCCAGCUUGAGCAAGUCCAGCGGGUCGCGGUCGCGCCGGUUCUACCUGGUGGUCAUCGUGGUCAGCGCCCUGCUGGCCUUGGUGAUGUUGGUGGCCAGCAUCGUCUACGUGGUGGGGGUGAACCCGCAGGCGCAGAUGAGCGGCGGGGGCUACUACUACAGCCCGCUGCUGGCCAUGUGCAGCCAGGUGUACGCCGGGGGCGCCGUGCUCAACCAGUACCUGUACCACUACUGCACCGUGGACCCGCAGGAGGCCGUGGCCAUCGCCUGCGGGUUCCUGGCCGUGCUCCUGCUGUGCCUGAUCUGCGUGCUGGCGCACCGGACGCGCAGCAAGAUCUGGCGGUACGGCAAGCACAACAUCUGCUGGGAGCGAGCGCCCGCCGAGCCGCGGGGCCCCGACGUGGAGGAGUGGGUGAAGAACGUGUCGGGCGGGGCCAGCGUCCCGGACGAGGCCGCCACCAUCGCGUACUCGGAGAAGGGCGGGACCCCCGGGCCAGCGCCCCCCUACAGCCCCCCCCUGUACAGCGACCCCCCCCAAAAGGGCUGGAACAGUGACCCCCCCUCGGACCCCCCCUCACCCUCGGAGGAGCCGGACGCCCCCCACCCCCCCCUGAAGCCCCCCGCCCGCCGCGGCCGCCGCGGCCGGCGCCAGCCCGAGGGCUCGCAGGGCUCGCAGGGCGACACCGACCCCGCCACCGCCGCCGAGUCCGGCGACAGCGACAGCGAGCAGUGGCACAGGCUGUACCCGCCCGUCGGCUCCCCGGGCACGCGCCAGCGCUACAAGGCGGAGUUCGGGCAGGAGCUGCGGCGCUACAAGGAGCUCUGUGCCCACAUGGACGGGCUCAACGAGCGCCUGGCACAGCUGGCAGCACAGCUGGACCAGGUGCCCGAGGACAGCGCCCAGUACCAGGCGCUGGCCGAGGAGUACAACCACCUCAAGGACGUGAAGCGGAGCCCGGAGUACCAGGACAAGAAGCGGGAAUCCAAAACCCUGCGCAACAAACUCUUCCACAUCAAGAGGAUGGUCAGCGACUACGACAAACUCCGCGCCUGACCCCAAAGCCACCACCUCAAAAAAAAGGGACAUUUCUGGGGGGACACCCCAAACCCCCCCCCCGACCCCCUCCAAAGACUUUUGUGCCUUUUUUUGGUGUAAAAACCCCAAAAUUCCUCGUUUUGAGCCCUCCCCGGUGCCAAGGGUGGGGGGGGGGGAUGGUGGCAGCUGUUGGUGUGACCCCCACCCCAAACCCCAAAAUGUCCCCAAAUGUCCCCCACGCCCUUUGGGACCCCCCCAGUGCCUUCCCCUGGUUGUAAAUAGGGUUUUUUAUGGGGUUUGCACUCCCCUGGCUGCCUCAAAAGGGGGUUUGGGGGUCCCAAAUUGGGGUUUGGGGGUCCCAAAUUGGGGCUUGGGGACCAAAAAACCCUUUUGGGGUUUUUUUUUGGGGGGGGGAGACCCAAAUCCCAAAAUAUUUCGUAGGGAAUUGGUGGGAGCUGUGGGAAUCGUGUAAUAUUUGAAUUGUUUUGUAAUAAAUGAAGUGGAAUUGUUGAUUUUCA